GUAAGAAAUAUAUAAACUUCCGGUUUAUUGGCGCCAAAUUUGUUGUGAAAAUGGGUGACAAAACCGACUCGAGCUAUGACCCAGCUUCACUGCCGGAUCUGUUACCGAUGUACUACAAGAAAUUGUUUCCAUACGGACCUUACUUUCGCUGGCUGAAUUAUGGAGGAGCCCCUAAAAGUUAUUUCACAAAUCGGGAAUUUUCAUUCACCUUAAAAGACGAUGUGUACAUUCGUUAUCAGUCGUUUGCAGACAAACAGGAGAUGGAAAAAGAGAUACAAAAGCGAUGUCCGUACAAAAUUGAUAUUGGUGCUAUUUUUUCACACAGGCCCAAGGACCACAAGACGGUGAAGGCUGCAGCAUUCCAGGCACAGGAGAAGGAGCUAGUGUUUGAUAUAGACAUGACGGACUACGAUGAUGUCCGUUCAUGCUGUUCAGGGGCUGGCAUAUGCGGUCGGUGUUGGCCUCUCAUGCAGAUAGCGAUAAAGAUAAUUGACCGAGCUUUACGAGAUGAUUUUGGUUUUAAACACAUACUGUGGGUGUAUUCUGGACGUCGUGGUGUCCAUUGCUGGGUUUGUGAUGAGGUUGCCAGGAAACUUUCAGCUCAGGGUCGCACAGCCAUAGCAGAAUAUUUAAGUGUUGUAAAGGGAGGUGAACAACAGACAAGGAAGGUGUCCUUGGAUGAGCCUGUCCAUCCCUCCAUCAGACAGUCUAUAGACGUUGUACGACAAAGCUUUCAUGACUAUGCUAUCAAGAAACAGGACUUCCUGGGUGAUGAGGAAAAACAGAAGAAAGUGUUAGCUCUUGUACCAGAUGAAGUGCUCAGAUCAACAUUAGAGGAAGACUUCAACAAGGGAAGUAACUCCAGCAACUGGUGGGCAAUUAUUGAGAAGAGAGAAAAAGACUGUGUGUCCAAGGGGUCCUUUAAAGCUUCACACCACAUCGUGGAGGAGAUUAUGUUACAGUACUGCUACCCACGCCUGGACGUCAAUGUCAGUAAGGGGGUCAACCAUCUCCUCAAAAGUCCUUUCUGCAUACACCCUAAAACAGGUCGAGUCUGUGUACCUAUAGACGUUGAACAGGUGGAUGAUUUUGAUCCAAUGGCCGUCCCCACGAUCAGUCAGAUAUUGGACGAGUUAAACCAGACUUCCACAACAAGCACUGAUGAUUCAGGGAAGAAAAUGAAAGAUUACAAGAAAACAUCAAUGGGAGAAUAUCUUAGAAUAUUUGAAAAGUUCCUGAAGGGGUUAGAGUCGACCUGGUCUGGAAAAAUCCUUAAACAGAGUGAUGAGAACAGAGAGUUUUGAUGAAAAGAUUUUGAGACAGCUUACAGACUGAUUAUAGAUUCCUUGCGUGACAUUGAAGUCAAAACUGAGGACACAUUUCUAUCCGGGAUAUCUACUUUGUUUUCAAAAAUGUUAAGGCAUAUAGUUAUAUUAAUAGUUAUAUUACCAGGCGAUACAGCCAUGCCUAGUUACAAGCCCACCCCUUUCUUAUACAGUUCAAUAAAAAAUACAAAGGAAAGUAAUUUCACAGGCUGUUAAUAUAAAGCCAUACUCCCUACUCAGAUACUAUGUGUUGGCUUCCUGACCUUAUUGCUGGAUAAAUAUGGUACCACUGAUAGAAUUAAAUUGAUAUUAAUAUGAUGGAGAUAACUGGUUUUCUUUUGAUUUGACAAUUUAUGGUGUACAGGAGGACGACACAUGAACACAAUGACUAAUGUCAGGGUUUUACUUUAAUAUAGCAGGAUAGUGAAAUGAAAUUCCAAUGAGCUGCAAUAGAUAUAUGCAAGAUUUUGCCAAGCAUGUCUAUUUAGGAAGGAAACUACCUAUUGAUUAAUUCUCAGUGAAAUUUAUUUAUUGUUCAUGUUUUUAGAUUCAUAUUAGUGCUCCUUGACUUGAGUGAUUAUGGAACAACCUGUCGGCCAAUUGGGAUAAU